GAAAAGAGAGAAAGGGUCAACACUAGAAAACAAAAACAAAGACGGAAGUUUCAGUAGCUCCGCAGGGCUCCCGCAACUCCAACCCCUAUGCCCUCGAUCUUUCCACCCGAGCCUUUUUUCUUGAAAGAAGACUUGUCCUCCCUACAAAGUUGACUAUUGUAAAACGCUUCCGUUUCGAUCCUCCCUCUAUCCUUAAAUUGCAAAUCCUCUUGCCAUUGUUAAAAUCUUGAUUUCCCAUUUCCACAGACACAGUAUUCAACGAAGCCAUCCCCGCCCGGAUUUAGAAAGAUUUGAAUUGAAAGAUGAGUCCAUACAUAGUAGGUGUCCUAGUUCCUCUUCUAGUCACUCUUCUCUAUCAGAAUUCCAAGAAUACAAAGAAACGUGGGGUGCCUGUUGAUGUUGGUGGGGAGCCAGGAUAUGCCAUUCGCAACUCUCGAUUUCCAAUCCUCUUGGAAACUGCAUGGGAAGGUGUCUUUACUCUUGCUCAACUUUUUGAGCUGGCGUGCAAGCAACAUGCAGAUAAAUACUUGCUUGGGACGAGGACAUUAAUCUCAAAGGACACUCAAGUAUCUGCCGAUGGAAGGUCUUUUGAGAAGCUUCAUUUGGGAGAGUAUGAGUGGCUGACCUAUGGGGAAGUGUUUGAAAAGGUGUGCAAUUUUGCUUCUGGGUUAGCUUACCUUGGGCAUAGAAGCGAGGAACGUGUUGCGAUAUUUGCUGAUACAAGAGCAGAGUGGUUUAUGGCCUUACAGGGUUCUUUUAGGCGCAACAUUUCUGUGGUUACCAUCUACGCAUCUUUGGGAGAGGAGGCACUUUGCUAUUCAUUAAAUGAGACAGAAGUUACAACUGUGAUUUGUGGGAACAAAGAACUGAAAAAACUUGUAGAAGUAAGUGGUCAGCUUGACACAGUGAAACGCGUGAUAUGUAUGGAUGAUGAUAUUCCAUCAAGUGCAUCAUUGGUGGAGCAAAGCGGUCGCUGGAGAGUUGUCUCAAUGGCUGCCGUGGAGAAACUUGGACAAGAAAAUCCAGUUGAUGCUGUUUUACCUCUAGCAGCAGAUGUUGCAGUUAUAAUGUACACAAGUGGGAGUACUGGGCUGCCUAAGGGUGUGAUGAUGACACAUGGUAAUGUCCUAGCUGUAGUUUCUUCUGUCAGGACAAUUGUUCCUGGCCUUGAAGGCAAUGAUGUUUAUCUGGCUUACCUGCCAUUGGCUCAUAUCCUUGAAAUCGCGGCAGAGAAUGUAGUUGCAGGUGUUGGAAGUGCUAUAGGAUAUGGAAGCCCGUUGACUCUCACCGAUACAUCAAACAAGAUCAAAAGGGGAACUAAGGGGGACGCAACUGUCUUAAGGCCAACUGUGAUGGCAGCUGUUCCAGCAAUUCUUGAUCGUGUACGAGAAGGUGUGCGGAAGAAGGUUGAUGAAAAGGGUGGCAUUACCAAGAAACUAUUUGAUUUUGCAUAUGCUCGUCGAAUAUCUGCAAUUAACGGUAGCUGGUUUGGAGCUAGGGGCUUAGAAAUGCUUCUGUGGAACUUCCUGGUGUUUAGAAAGGUUCGGGCAAUUUUGGGAGGACGCAUCCGCUUUUUGCUUUCUGGGGGUGCUCCUUUUUCUGGUGAUACUCAAAGAUGUAUCAACAUUUGCCUUGGGGCUCCAAUAGGCCAAGGCUAUGGUCUCACCGAGACUUGUGCUGGUGGGACAUUUUCUGAGUUUGACGAUACAUCUGUUGGUCGAGUUGGUAAUCCAGUCCCUUGCUCAUAUAUUAAGUUAAUAGAUUGGCCUGAAGGUGGGUAUUUAAUUAGUGAUUCACCAAUGCCUCGUGGGGAAGUAGUUAUUGGUGGUCCAAAUGUUACUGUGGGAUACUUUAAAAAUGAAGCAAAAUCAAAAGAGGUGUACAAGGUUGAUGAGAGAGGAAUGAGGUGGUUUUAUACAGGCGAUAUUGGACAGUUUCAUGCUGAUGGUUGCCUUGAAAUAAUUGAUCGUAGAAAGGACAUAGUCAAGCUUCAACAUGGGGAAUAUGUAUCCUUAGGAAAGGUUGAGGCUGCUCUUAUUGUGAGCCCCUAUGUUGACAAUAUGAUGCUGCAUGCGGAUCCAUUUCAUAGUUACUGUGUAGCCCUUAUUGUGGUUGCACGACCUGUUCUAGAAGAAUGGGCUUCAAAGAGGGGAAUUGCAUUUACUAGUUUUGCAGAGUUGUGCGAGAAAGAAGAAGCAAUAAAAGAAGUGCAGGCAUCACUUGUGAAGGCAGCAAAGGCAGCACGACUGGAGAAGUUCGAGAUCCCAGCAAAGAUCAAAUUGCUUUCUGAUCCAUGGACUCCUGAAACUGGCCUUGUCACUGCAGCUCUCAAGCUCAAGAGAGAGGCCAUCAGGAAGGCGUUCUCUGAAGAACUCUCGAAGUUAUAUGAAUAGUGAGUUAAAAAUUCGGUUUUUAUUUAGUGAUCGUGCACAAUUUUUGACGAGUUACUGACUCUAGUUGUAAGAUCUUACGCUCUCACAUUUCCGCUCUGUUUCAUUUUUUUCAAACAUGUAUCCUGUAAUAAAUUCUCUUUCUUGACU